CGUUAAAUGACAAGGAUCGCAAGAAAUCACGUAAUACGAACCGUAACGACGAUUCCUUUGACAAUUUUGAAAGAUGUGUUAAUAAACCUGAAACCUCUAAUAAGGAGGCUUGCACCAGGGAAAUGAUGGAAUUGCAAUCAAAGAACUAUUCGAAAAUAUGA